CAAAUUAUACAUUCAAAAGCAAAUUGUGAUAAUUUUAUUUAUCAAAACAUUGAUCACCUGCUCAUUUUGUAUUCCUCGUGUGGUCGAAUCACGACGUUAAUUUCAAAAAAAUUUUGGCCCUUUGUUUCACAAUAAAUCAAGGAAAUAGUGAAAAAACAAAGCAUAUUGUAACGUGGCAAUAUUUAAUUGGUUGAAGUACAGACAGGGGAAGCUUGUCCAGUUCAUUGUCUGAAUUUUUUUUGCAUCUUGUUUGCUGAAGCAAAUUGGCAACAGCCUUACAUUCAUAUUUAUGUAAGUUUCAUUUAGAAUCCCUGACCUGAAGAUGGUGAUGGUAUAUCUACCAGUUCACCUGUACACCUAACUUCUGUGAAACUCUUUCUGUUUUCUCUGGAAAGAUAAAAAGGCACCCAAAAAAGACAAGCACAUGGGGCGACAAAACAUGGAAACUCCGCUUUUGGACACUCAUCUUUUGGCAAAUGAGGAGAGGAGAAACAAGAAUUGGGGCAGAGCUCUUCGGUUCUUCCUUGUUUUCUUAACCUUCUCUAUUGUAGGCCUAAUAUUUAGAGACGACAGGAGUUACUUGUUUGUCAAAGGAGGAAACAAGUACAAUGAAAGGAUUGAAGUUCAUGGCACUGACAGCGUCCAGUCAGAACAAGGUGUUGUUGCUGCCGAUGAUGGUCGUUGUUCUGAAAUUGGUAUACUUAUGCUCAAGAAAGGUGGACAUGCGGUGGAUGCUGCAGUGGCAACAGCACUAUGCGUUGGAGUUGUCAAUCCAAUGUCUAGUGGAAUUGGAGGUGGAGCAUUCAUGAUUGUCAGGUCUUCGUCAACUUCACAAACCCAAGCUUUUGAUUCGAGAGAAACAGCUCCCUUAGCUGCGUCACAGAAUAUGUAUGAUGACAAUAUCAAAGCCAAGUACAAAGGUGUGUUGUCAAUGGGAGUUCCUGGUGAGAUUGCCGGCCUUCAUGAAGCUUGGUUGAGGUAUGGUCGAUUAGCUUGGAAGACAUUAUUUGAGCCUGCAAUAAAACUUGCUAAAGAGGGAUUUGUGGUUGCUCCAUAUCUUGGAUUAAACAUUGCUGCGAAUGCACGUGCGAUCAUGAAUGACCCUGGCUUAAGGCAGGUGUUUGCACCAAAUGGUAAGUUGUUACAAGCAGGUGAGAAGUGCUAUAAUGUAGAGCUGGUCCAUAGCCUUGAGGAAGUGGCAGAACAAGGACCAGGAGCCUUUUAUAAUGGAACUAUUGGAGAGAAAUUGGUAAAAGAUGUGAAACAGGUUGGUGGGAUUUUGACAAUGGAGGAUUUAAGGAAUUACAAGGUAGAAGUUAUAGAUGCAAUGGCUGCAAAUGUAAUGGAUUACACUAUAUACGGAAUGCCACCUCCUUCAAGUGGAACACUUGGGCUGUCUCUGGUUAUGAACAUCUUUGACAGCUAUGGAAGUGCUGAUGCUGCAAAGGGAGAUCUUGGUCUGCAUCGCCUGAUAGAAGCAUUGAAACACAUGUUUGCUGAACGAAUGAACGUGGGUGAUCCUGAUUUUGUAGACAUAACCGAAUAUAUAUCAGAAAUGCUUUCCAUUUCUUUUGCAAAGCAAAUUCAGGAAAAGAUAUUUGACAACACCACUUUCCCUACAGAGUACUAUAUGUACAGAUGGAGUCAACUGAGGGACCAGGGAACUAGCCAUUUCUGUGUUGUAGAUGCAGAGCGCAAUGCUGUAUCAAUGACAACCACCGUAAAUUAUCCUUUUGGAGCUGGAGUGCUCUCUCCUUCUACAGGUAUCGUGGUUAACAAUGAGAUGGGUGAUUUCUCAGCACCGACAGAGAUAUCUCCUGACAUGCUCCCUCCUGCUCCAGCAAAUUUGAUUAGACCAAACAAGAGGCCUCUAUCUUCCAUGACACCCCUUAUUAUUACCAAGGAUAACCAGCUGGCCGGGGUUAUUGGUGGCAGCGGUGGGAUGAACAUAAUACCAGCAGUAACCCAGGUUUUCCUAAAUCAUUUUAUCUUGGGGAUGGAACCUUUAGCUGCAGUUCAUCGUCCAAGGAUCUAUCACAGGCUAAUACCAAAUGUAGUUUCAUAUGAAAACUUGACUGUGAUUGAUGGUGAUCACAUCGAGCUUGCGGAGGAGACAAAGAUUUUCCUGAAAGAAAAGGGUCAUCAGCUGGUGGCCAAGUCAGGUGGGGCUGUCGUCCAGUUUGUUGUUCAAACCCUCCAAAACCCCAUCAAAAUGGGCCGAAAAAAUGGAAAUGAUUCCAACAUAUAUCAUGGAACAUUAACUGCUGUUAGUGACCCUAGAAAAGAUGGGAAGCCUGCAGCACUUUAAUCCAUUUGUUUGAGGGGUUAGAAGCCUUAAGAAAACAGAGCGAUCCUUGAAUCAUUUCCAGGAUAAAUCUGUAAUUAUGAGGAAGUAUGACUGUAAUCAUUUCCAGGACUUCUGUAUCACAUCAAGUUAAAAUUUGUAAAUUUUAGAUGCAACUUCAGGUAGUCAUUCUUGGUCGGAAACAAUGUCUUAUCAUCGCAUGAAACUUCUUUUCAGUGUGAUCGAAUACUGUAUCUCCGAUCAAGACGCAAGCUCCCAAUAAAUGCUCAAGUGUCUUGGGAUGUUUGAAUAAGUUGCCAAGUAUCAGUUUUCAAAGUAAUAUCCCAGUUCAUGUCUUACCCUUUUGGGAACAGAAAUAUCACUGUGAAUUUAGAAUCCUGAAGACUAUCAUAACGCCCGACUUGAACACAUAUGCCACUAGGCCAUCUCAAUGCAAU